AGUGGGAGGGUAAUCAGAGAGCUUGGCCCAGUUUGAGGUUUGCAAUGGGGACGAUAGAGAUAUUUCUUUGUGUUUUUAUUACACACUUUAUUAGUGCUCAACCAGUAAUAAAAAAGCAGGAUGCCACAUUUUUCCAGGAUAUUCCAGGAGUUUUUGAUGUCAGGCCUUUUCAGUUUGAAAGAAAUUUAGAUAUCACGCCAUAUGACACCAUCUUCAGCUCAUGGCGUAGUCUGCGUCCUGACUUUCACAUGCUCGCUGAAUUGCCUCCCAUCAUGAUUGUUCCCAGAGUGGAGGUGUUUUGCGAUGACUCUAAGCUAACUCUGCUGGUUGACAAGAGCUCCAACGGUGUUGUACUGACUAGAGAGGAGCUACAGUUGGGUGGUGGCUGCUAUAGCAACAGAGAGCUACCAAACCAAUUUGUCUUCACUUACAGUUUGGAUGAGUGUGGAACUACACCUGUGAUGCAGAAUGGCUUGGUGAUGUUUACCAACUCUCUCCACUUGAAUCUCAACAAACCUCUCUCCACCCGGUGGCAAACUCCCUCCAGAGUGCACAUCUCCUGCUUCCCUAAAAGGUCAUAUCCAAACUUCUUUGACUCGAUGGCAUUUCCUGAGAACAGAAAUACCUUUAACAUCAAAACCAUGAAUUCAUCCUGGACUGGCACUGCAGAGUCUAAUACCUAUAAAAGAGGCCAAGUUGUCAACCUCCAGGUUUCUGCCAAAAUCCGCCCAGAGCAGCAGCUUUUCAUCCAGUCCUGUUUUGUCUCUGCGUCUCUUGAGCCUCAGACUAGACCCAGGCAGGCAGUCAUAGUGAAUAAAGGGUGCACAGCCCCGUUGGGUUCUCCUCAUGCUGUCAUAAAAUUUGUGGCCUCCGGCAGAGUGGAUGUGGUUAAUUUAGUUCUGAACACAUCUUAUCUCAUUUCUGAGCCCUACAUCCACUGCAGUGUCCUCAUCUCAGACCAAGGUGUCAACUUUGACUCAAAAUCCUGCAACUAUAACAUGUUCGAGUCAAGAUGGGAGGACCUGAGUGGAAAUGUCGAGGUGUGUGAGUGCUGCAGCUCAAAGUGUAAAGGCCUGUCAUUCAAGCACCUUCUUAAAGAUGCCAAGGCUAUCAUCAGCACUGGCCCCUUGGUCAUUGUGGACAAACGAUUAGAGAUGAGUCCGGAGCCUUCUGUCUCUGAACUGGAAGAAAACUCCAGGGCUCCUGUUACACACUCCAUGCAGCCUGACGGUGCAGAAAUUAUUUCUGGUACUACUGUAUCGAGACCCCCUCAGGGUGUGGUGGUUUUGAGUCAGGACCCAGUUGCCAGGCUGACCCUCUGGCUACCUGGGCACCUGCAAGAUCCUGAACAUGGCACCAAUUUGGUUUCUGAGUCUGAAGACAAUUUGACACUUAAGUUAAAGGCACUUAAGUUAAAGGCAAAAGACAUUGUAUCAAAUGACCUUCAUAAGCGGCGACCUUCAGCCACAGAUCAGGAGCCUCUUCUGAAUACACCCUCAAACAAGAUGGGACAUCAAGGUGCAAAUGAACUAAGUGACAGUCAUAUGUGGGAUCUGAAUCUUCUGACACUGGUAGAUGGAUGGGCAAUUCCUCCACAAAUGGAAAAAGCAUCUUUAGCAGCUCAAUCUCAAAGAAAGCGUUUUGGAAGAUCUGGAAUGUUGGAAUCUCCACAAUGGGUUGACAUCCCACUGACAGCUGAGAUGAAUGUUGAUGUCCUAAACCAGAAUGAAUUUCACCAAAUGAGCGACAAGCUCACAGAUGCAGCUGUGAAGCCCAGAGAGGAAGAGGAAGAAAAUGAUGCAAUAAUUCGCACAAAACUUCAGUUUUCCAAAGGCCCAGAUGGAUCCCAGACAAUGAGUUAUGAGGAAGAAGUGAGACGACAAGAGGGAGAAGGUGUGAUCAGAAGAUCUGGGAUUAACGGGAUUAAAAUAAAACUGGAGCCCAGAAAAAAAGGGCUGCGCUCUAUUUUCCUGGAUUUGUUAAGGAGGAUGGACAAAGCAGAAUAAUUGUAAUAAGAAUAUUAUAUAAUGGCACUUUAACUGAAUAAACGUAUUGUGCAAUGA